AUGAGGGAUGGAGCAUUGAGACUUGCAGUACCAACACCAGAAUACGCAAAAAUGGUCCAUCAGGCAGAGCAAGAAACAGCAUUCGAGGAGUCGAUGUGCGGAGCGAUGUCUUACAGCCAACGUCACGCGCGUAUCGAAGCUCUUGUCGAGUUCGCUGUGUGGAAGCACAUCUGGAGGAAUCAUCCAUACGAAUCAUCCGAACGUGCUCCCGUGCUUACAAGAAGCCGGAUGCAUAACAAUCAUCCGAUAGAUUGCACUGCACAAACUCCUCAACCUCUGCCAUCCACAACACCACCCAGAAUGGGGGAGUUCCGUCACGGUGGUAGUGAACGGUCCCGGAACCAUUCCUCAAAUGCAGCGUCAAAAUUGUUUCCAACUUCUCAUCCACAAGUACGACAGCACCAUUUCCAUGCCGAACGGCAUCAUGGACUUCCAAUACCAACCCAAGUUUCCACCUUUCCACGAUCCCGCGUAGAGUAUCCACGAGUACACAACACACCUGGUUUCCAUCCUUCCACUCAACACCAAGAACCGUUUCCCAUCCAAACCAACUUGCCUCCGAUUGGCACUGGUCGACCAUCCUCAUUUAAUGAAGACCAUCAAUCGGUUCCAGCUACGAGUGCCGUUUCAACCCCUUCUCGGCCAUUACAGCUAUCUAACACAUUCGCCGAUCCAUUUGCUAAGGAAUUGGACCCAUAUUUGAAGCGCAACGAAAGCCAGCAAAAAGCAGCAAGAGGAGCCUCCGGCCCUGGAAUGAAUGCGCCACCACAACGAUGGACCUCAACUCCAAUGCCACGCCGAGAUUUUCCGCCUUCUCAAAGACGUUCUAGGGAAUUGGCACAACACGGCGUACCUAAUCGUUCUGGGUCGUCGACCAGGAGAGGAAGCGUCUCAUCUCGCCGAAUCUCUCAAGGGGAGCCGCAAGACGGUAGGAAUAUGCUAGCAGACAAUGCAUCUCCACGGGGAAUUCUCAAAAAACGACGAGACUCUUCUCCAAGAAAGGCAGCUGUAGCUGCUCGUGCUGCCAUGGCUCAUUCUACUCGGACGGAGGUGGAAAUAAAGUAUGACGAAGUCAGCCCGAAGACAACGACACGCAGUUGGGCCCAGGUGGCUUCAGAUCAUAUCAAAGAAGAACCACCAGAGGACAGCGCUGCCCUUCAAGAAGUGCCUAAGGAAGCCUUGAUCCCGAUUGAAGAAGAUAAAAAGGAGCCAAGCAGCUUCCAAACUUGGGCCCAGAUCGCUGCGUCAGAAUGGAUGGAGAACAAAUCAAAGCAGGAAAAGUUGAGAAAUGAAAGCUUUGGUAAAUCGCAUUGCAAGUUCGGGCAGCUGAAACUCACAGCAAAGGAUCAGAGUGUGAAGGUAGAAGGGAAGGAGGAAUCGAAAGAAGAAGUCUGCCACUGGGCACCUGCAACACGAGUCAAGCAGAAGUGCGUGCAAUUUGAGAAGGCUCCCCGGAAGCAUCGUCGAGCGCGUGGUCGUGGAAUGCUUUUUCGCACUAGAUUGGUUCAAUGA